GUCUCUCUCUCUGUCUCUAGCCCGAUGUAAAGCUGCACUAUGUGGAGAUGGGGGCGGGGCCUCCGGUCAUGCUGUGUCAUGGCUUCCCUGAGAGCUGGUACUCCUGGAGAUACCAGAUCCCAGCUCUAGCAGAUGCAGGGUUUAGAGUGGUUUCUCUGGACAUGAAGGGCUAUGGACAGUCUACAGCACCACCAGAUAUAGAGGAGUACUCACAGGAACAGAUCUGCCAGGAUCUUGUGACUUUCAUGGAUAAAAUGGGUAUUCCCCAGGUGACUCUGGUUGGUCAUGAUUGGGGUGGAUCUGUGGUCUGGAACAUGGCCCAGUGUCAUCCAGAGAGAGUCAGAGCGGUAGCUUCCCUGAACACCCCUCUGUUCCCUGUGGACCCCUCCAAGGAUCCUAUGAACUUCCUGAAGACUGUACCCAUCUUUAACUACCAACUCUACUUCCAGAAUCCCGGUGUAGCUGAGACUGAGAUGGAGAAAGAUCUGGCAAGGACCUUCAAGAUCUUCUUCCGUGGCAGUGGAGAUGAGGAUAAUGUUCCUACUAUCAACACUUCGGGAGUUUGUGCCAGAGGUGGUCUGUUCGUAGGACUACCAGACGAGAUACCCAGGAGUUCUAUCCUCAGUGAGACUGCUCUGCAAUUCUACAUCACUCAGUUCAAAGACAAGGGAUUCAGAGGGCCGCUGAACUGGUACCGUAAUGUUGUGAGCAACUGGAAAUGGCUAUGCUCCCGACCCAGAGCUAAGCUCUUGAUGCCAGCUCUCAUGGUGACCGCGGGUAAAGAUCCUGUUCUGCUGCCUGUCUUCUCCAGGGGAAUGGAAAACAUGAUCCCCAACCUCACCAGAGGACACAUAGAGGAGUGUGGACACUGGACCCAGAUGGAAAGGCCAUCUGAGCUGAACACCAUUCUGAUCUCAUGGCUGAAGGACACUCACAGCAACAUGGGGGUUGCCGUGACACCCAAGCUGUGAUCAGUUACCAUGACUGGCCACUCCUCGGAGCCUGGUUCCUCUCUAGGUUUCUUCCUUGGUUCUUGCAGGUUGACGUUUAUUGGGAUGAGUCUAGUCCUGGACUGAGCCAUUUGCACGAGAUGGGCCAGCUGCAAAGUCAAAAUUGGCUAUAUAAAAAAUAUAUAUAUACUGAACAAAAAUAUAAACGUGACAUCUAACAAUUUCAAAGAGUUAUAGUUCAAAUAAGGAAAUCAGUCCAUUUAAAUACAUGUAUUAGGCCCUAAUAUAUGGAUUUCACAUGACUGGGCAGGGUCAUAGGCCCACCCACUUGGCAGCCAGGCCCACCCACUUGGCAGCCAGUCCCACCCACUGGGAACCAGGCCCAGCCAAUCAGAAUGAGUUUUUCCCCCACAAAAGGGCUUUAUUACAGACAGAAAUACUCCUCAGUUUCAUCAGCUGUCCAGGGGUGGCUUGUCUCGGACGAUCCCACAGAUGAAGAAGCCGGAUGUGGAGGUCUUGGGCUGGCGUGGUUACACAUGGUCUGCGGUUGUGAGGCCUGAUGUCCUGCCAAAUUCUCUACAACGAUGUUGGAGGCGGCUUUGGUAGAGAAAUGAACAUUCAAUUAUCUGGCAACAGCUCUGGUUGACAUUCCUAUAGUUUGCAUGUUAAUUGCACAUUCACUCACAAUUUGAGACAUCUGUGGCAUUGUUUUGUGACAAAACUGCACAUUUUAGAGUGGCUUUUUAUUGUCCCCAGCACAAGGUGCACCUGUGUAAUGAUCGUACUGUUUAAUCAGCUUUUUGAUAUGCCACACCUGUCUGGUGGAUGGAUUAUCUUGGCAAAGGAGAAAUGCUCACUAACAGGGAUGAAAACAAAUUUGUGGACAAAAUUUAAGAGAAAUGUGCUUUUUGUUUUGCGGAACAUUUCUAAGAUCUUUUAUUUAAGCUCAUGAAACAUGGGACCAACACUUCAUAUUUUUGUUCAGUAUAUAAUUGAACGUUGGGCAUAAGGUUAACAGUGUGCUUAAGGUUAGGUUCUAUAACAUUGUGACUGUGCCAGCUAGUGACCACUCUGCAGAGCUGCCUCCAGAACACGAGUCAUCCCAAUAAAUGCUAACUUUCCUUCUUGAGAGGUUUUUCAACUAUGCUUCUGCCUCAACAUUGCUUGCUCUCUGUUAGCCUGGGCAUCUGCAAAGCACUUGGUGACAACUGCUGAUGUAAAAAAGGCUUUAUAAAAUACAUUUGAUUGAUUGAUUGACAAUUUAUUCCCCUUUAAGUGUACUACUUUUGAAAAUGCACUUUCUAGUGCACUAGGGAAUAGGCUGAGCAUUCAUAAUGAUUGAUUAUUGAUAAAGACAACGCUUGACUCUUCUGAAGAGAUACACCCACAGUGGGCAAAAAGGCUGAAAACCACAACACUUUUAGCACGAGGUCUCAAAACUUCCCCUUUAAAUGAGACAUUUCAUGAGAAAUAUGCAGAUAAAAACAGUGUGGUAAUGUUGUGUAUAUCUGUGCAGUUGUGAGCAGCAAUGUUCCAUUCUCGUUUUGCAAAAAUGUUUCCCUCGAGAACACAGAACUAAAGUAUUGCGUAAUUGGUCAGCUGCUCGGUUAAGUUCUGGGUCCAUACAUGUUAGAAGAAGAUAUGAAGAGAUGCUAGAACCGGAUCUAGAAGCUCCACCCUCUCUCUUUUGAAGUUAAGGACAAAUGCCCCUCCCCCUUUUACAAAAUUAAAAGAUACUGAAACCCUUCGAAAUCGUGAUUUGUCUAAAUAACCAGUGAUGAAAAAACUCAAACACUGGAUCUAUUUCUGGUCGUUAGCUAUCGGGGGCCCUAAGUAUAAAAACAGAUCAAUGGUAGCAUUUAUGUUGACAGAGUCUGUCCACCAGUGAUGAUGCAACAAUCGAUGUAUGCCGUCUAUUUGAUAUGUUGUGGUUAGGCUACUUUGUGGACUGCCUGUCUUGAGUUUAUUUUAUCCACACGGGCAGGGAUAUAAUUAACCAAUAAGGACCGAGGAGGUGGGGUAUACGGCCAAUAUACCACGGCUAAGGGGUUGUUCUUAGGCACGAUGCAACACAGAGUGCCUGGAUACAGCCCUUAGCCGUGGUAUAUUGGCCAUAUACCACAAACCCCCAAGGUGCCUUAUUGCUGUUAUAAACUGGUUACCAAUGUAAUUAGAGCAGUAAAAAUACACGUUUUGUCCUAACCUGUGGUAUACGGUCUGAUAUACCACGGCUGUCGGACAAUCAGCAUUCAUGACUCGAACCACCCAGUUUUAAUUAGUUAUUAUUAGCUUGUCUUCUACCAUAACUCAACUAUUAAUAUGCCUACUAGCUAACAACUAUAAUGUCAUUAUUAUUCAACAAUUAUAAAUUGAGUUGUUCUGUAGACUGUGUGUUCUCCUGUUGAUUGAAAGCCCUAUUUUAAUGGUAUUUUUCCUACUAUUAAACUGACUGUGAGAAAGGUU